GGGCUUGCUGUGUCGUUCAGUGAUCCAGGCCCAGGCAGCCUCGCCUACCUUCACUCACGUGUAUGCUGGUCUAGUCUCUGUCAUCAACACAAAGUUUCCACAAAUUGGUGAGCUGAUGAUGCGUCGUCUGGUGAUUCAGUUCCGUCGAGGAUUUAAACGUAAUGACAAAGCCUUGUGUCUAUCCACAACACGCUUCCUAGCCCACCUAGUGAACCAGCAAGUUGCACACGAGGUGAUAGCUCUGGAAAUAUUGACCCUAUUACUGGAGAAUCCUACAGAUGACUCUGUAGAGGUGUCCAUUGGUUUCCUGAAGGAGUCUGGUCAGAAGCUGACUGAGGUGUCGCCCCGGGGAAUCAACGCUAUAUUUGAGAGACUGCGGAACAUCUUACAUGAGGGCAUGAUAGAUAAACGUGUGCAGUACAUGAUUGAGGUCAUGUUUGCUGUCAGGAAAGACGGGUUCAAG